UCGACAUGGGGGACUCCUUUGUAAUAGCGAUAGACUUUGGAACUGCGUAUAGUGGACAUGCCUUCAGUAUGACUGCCAGAGACGCUGUAGCUGAUAUCCAUAUAAAGAUGUGGGGUGAAGAUGUUUGUCAGCAGACUCCUAAGACUCCUACUUGCAUUCUCUUCAAUGAAAAGGAAGAAUUCUUCAGGUUUGGUUAUAAAGCCAAAACAAAAUAUUUUAGAAUGAGGGGACAGCAAGCCAAAGAUUAUUUCUUCUUUGACAACUUCAAGAUGUCCCUCUAUGGUAAAAAUGUCAACAGGGAUCUGAAGAUUAAGGCAGCCAAUGGGAAGGAAUUAUCUGCACUUAAGGUUUUUACAGAAGCUCUCAGAUUCCUGAAAGAUGAUGCACUAGAAACCAUCAAUAAUAGUGUGGCUGGUAAAAAGUUCAUAGCCUCUGACUUCACUUGGGUGCUGACUGUUCCUGCCAUCUGGGAUCAUUCAGCUAAACAGUUCAUGAGAGAAGCUGCAAUGCAGGUAGCUCUAUUAAAAAAUCUCCUGUGUGUUAAUUUAGAAGCCUAUUUUCUAAUGUUGUAUUUAUUUAUAUUCCAGGCAGGCAUUGCAACAGAAAUAAAUAAGGAAAAACUUAUCAUUGCACUGGAACCAGAAGCAGCAUCUGUGUGGUGUAAGAAGCUGCCAGCUGACGGCUUCAUCGCAGAACGCCAAGGAAAAGACACACUAGAUCAAUCUCCAAAAACACAAUAUGUUGUUGUUGAUUGUGGAGGAGGAACUAUUGACAUCACUGUUCAUGAAGUGCUUGAGGGAGGAGCCCUGAAGGAGCUGCACAAGGCCUCUGGGAACAAUCUGGGAGGACAAACUGUGGACAGAAAAUGCAAAGAGUUCCUAAAAGAAAUCUUCUCCGAUGGAGUCUGGGAUGAAUUUGAGAAAAACCAUCCCAAUGACGUUAUGAAGAUGAUGAAUGAUUUCACACUUUUCAAAAAACAAGAUGAUAAUGCAGAGAUUGAUUGUCCUUUUAACCUUGGAGAGAUUGCUCAGCAAAAGAAAACAAUGGAGGACUUUUUUAAAGUUGUGCAGGGAGCCUCCUGGGAUGAAGGAUCUAUUGUCAUCUCUAAGCAGAAACUUAGAGAUUUCUUUGCAGAGAGUCUACAAGGCAUUACUCAGAGUCUGCAAGAAAUAUUUACCAAAGGUCUAAACAUAAAGUACAUUCUGUUAGUAGGAGGAUAUGCUAACAGCAAGAUUCUGCAAAAACAUUUUACUGACAAGUUUGAGGAUAAGUGUAAAAUUCUGUGUCCAGUUAGACCUCAAGAAGCCAUCCUCAGAGGAGCUGUGGAGUUUGGAAGAAACCCACACUUGGUGGCAUCUAGGAAAAGUGCCUUUACCUACGGAGUCAGAGUAUCUCGAAGGUUUGAGAGGUUCAAGCACAAACCAGAAAAGAAAAUCAUCAACAAAGAUGGUGAGUGGUGCAGGGAUAUUUUCAUGAAACUGGUGGAAUCUGGUGAAGAUGUGGGUUGGGAUGAAACCAGAACCUUCAGCUUAUAUCCCACCCAAGCAGAUAUGACUACGAUGAACUACAAUUUCUAUUGCACAAAAAAGAGACGACCAAAGUAUGUGGAUGAGGAGGGAAUAGACAAAAUUGGCUGCUUCCUUCUAAACUCUCCGAACACCAAGCGUGGUCUGCAUCGUGAACUCAAACUGAAUAUUAAGUUUGGCUUCACAGAAAUGACAGCACAAGGCGUAGACAUAGAUUCUAAAUUAACAUCCUCAAUUGAGCUCGAUUUUAUGAGGAAUUAAAAUCUUCA